AUGGUCGAAUAUGAUCGAGCUACGCCACCCCGGCCUGUCGAAGACCGGCACUUGGGCGCGAUUCUCCCUCCCUCAUCCUUGCCAUGCAUGAUGCCGGAUGCAAGCACCGAACAGGGCGAGUUGGCUAGGCGUGGGGGAGACAAGCCUCUCAAUGAAGAGGCAGUGGCGCAGGAGCAGGCUGCGGGUUCGCCUGGGUCAGAAGGUGUGACCAACCGAAAGCUGCUCAGUACCUCUGACAAGCUCGUCCUCUCCGAAGACGAGUGUGUCAGACAUGUUAUAGACUGUGAGCCUGCUCCACGCAUGCGAGACUUUCGACGGCCAUCCCAGGUCUUGCAGAAGCGUCUCUCGACAUUGAGCGAGAUGCGCUUGCACACAAACGAGGACCUGCUCUACAAGGCCACGGGGCUCUUUCAAGUCGGGGCAUCACCAUGUGAGAUCAGCGCACCAAGUUGUACUGCAAUUUGUUGGACAACCGUGACGGUGCCACUGUAUAUGACGAUGGGGCUUGCGCCACCAGGUUGGGCCACUCAUUGCUCGUGGUGUGUCUCCUUUGUUGCCAUCCUGUUUACAUUCGCAUACAUGGCCGUGUGCGUAUACAAGGCCUUUGCAAUCGCAGGCAUUGAACAGUGGGCCUACUUCGUUCUUUUCAUGGAGGUGUCAUCCUUUCUGCUUGUACUCUGCGUGGUGAGCAGGAGUGCGAACUUCCGUAAGUUUAUGCUGGAGAGAAUCCCAGAGGUACAGGAGACGAUAAAUCCCGAGAUGCGGUCCUCCGUAAAGUGGGACGUGCUGCCCGGUUUCAUCUCCCUUGCCGUCUGGAGUCUCUGUCACAUCUUGCGGGUGAAGUUGGCUCCAAAUGAACAGGAAUCGGCUUUGCUGAUGGUGCCCUGCACCCCCGGGUUGUUCCGCGCAGCCUGGGCUUUUGGCCUCCUCCGGGUAAACCGCUUCUUGAUCGGCUUGCUUGAGCGGUUUGGACAGUUGUAUCCCUUCCAGUUGGAGGACUUAGACCUCGCAUAUGAGCGCUGGGCGUGUGUGGUUGCUUUCGCUCGCCAGGCUUCCCACUGGCACAGCAUGAUCUACCUCCACAUGUCGAUGUACUGGUUCCUCAGCCUUUUCCCACUCGUGGCGGCUGUGUUUCUGGAUUCCCAUGAGUCGUUCGGCAUGGAGUGGUUGCUCCCACAUACCCUUGCCAACUUGACAAGCUUUUGUCUCAUAGCGUAUGUCUUCCAACGUGCAGCAGCCGUGCACCAGAAGUGGGACGACAUCGUCGCCUGUGUGAACAGCUUCCAGGGCAUCGUGCCGCAGCAUGCGCGAAGGGAUCAAGAUUUGUUUCUUAACCACAGGGUCAGAAGCGAUAUUGGCAUUUACGCGUGCGGCACUUGUCUAAAGGCUUCUCUUCUCGCAAAACUGGCUUCCCUUCUCGUCACUGCAGGAAGCUUUCUUCUUGCCCGGCUCUUUAGCAUGCCGAUUGAUCAGAAGAUGCAGCUGAGCGAAAAAUGGGAUCAGAUGCUGUCGAACUUCAGCAUCUAG